AUGAUGAAAAGAGCACUACCAGGACCAAGUCCACCAUCUACAAAUGAUCCCGAAACAUCAAAAGAAGAUAAAGCAGCACAUAUAGCUAUUCAUGAUUUUAAACCGUCAGAAGAUGGCGAUUUAAAAUUAAUACAAGGGGUGGCAUAUAGGAUAUUAGGUAAAAAAUCAGAACAUCGGUUGCUAGCAGAAAACCCAAACAAGACAAGAGGCUAUUUCCCUUCAAUUUAUGAUAAAAAGAAACAUGGUCUUGAAAAAUAUCGCUGGUAUUAUAAAGACAUUACUCGUGAUAGAACAAAAUCUAUAUUAAAGAAGCAGGCAGUAGAGGGAAGUUUUUUAGUUCGGGAUUCAACCAGUCAUCCUGGUUUAUACACAGUCUCCAUCUACACGGAGACGGGUAAAGACAGGGGAGACACUGUAUCACAUUACCAUAUUAUGAAGAAUGCCAAAGACAUGUUUUAUAUUUCUCAUCUACAUUGUUUUGAAACCAUUCCUGAACUUAUACAUUACCAUAAGCAUAAUUCCGGAGGUUUGAUUACCAGAUUACGAGAACCACCAAACCAACUUAAUAAACCAACAACAGCUGAUUUGGAUCACAGCGAAUGGGAAAUUGAUCCAGCUACUUUAAAAAUAUGUGAAGAGCUUGCUUCUGGUUGUUUUGGUAUCGUAUAUAAAGGCCUGUUUAAUGGCCUUCCGGUGGCUGUUAAAACAAUGAAAGAUUUAAGUAUGUCUGAGGCGGGUUUUAUGGACGAGGCUAGAACAAUGACACAAUUAAGUCACCCGAACCUUGUACAGUUAUAUGGUGUUGUUACGAAGACAAAGCCAUUUUGUAUUAUAACAGAAUUAAUGAGAAAUGGUGCAUUAUCAACGUAUUUGAAGCGUCAUAAGACAACAAUAUUAAAGAAGUCGGCGACCAUGUUAGAUUUUUGUUUACAAGUGUGCUCAGGAAUGGUUUAUUUAGAACAGCGAGGAUUUAUACAUCGUGACUUAGCGGCCAGAAAUUGUCUGGUGGGAGAAAACCAGGUGAUUAAAGUGGCUGAUUUUGGUUUAUCUAGAUAUGUGUUGGAUGAUGAAUAUCGAAGUUCUGUUGGAACAAAGUUUCCUGUCAAGUGGGCAGCACCAGAAGUUCUGUGUUAUAAAUUAUUCAGCAGCAAAUCAGAUGUAUGGGCUUUUGGUAUACUAGUAUGGGAGAUAUUUACAGCUGGAGAAACACCGUAUGGUAAAAUGGAGUACUCAGAAAUUGUAGAUUAUAUUGUCGAUUCGGAUAAAAGAUUAGAAAAACCUGAUUCCUGUCCAGAAUUAUUGUACAGUUUAAUGAAAAAGUGUUGGAGUGAGAAACCUGAGAAUCGACCCAGAUUUAAAGAUAUAUUACGGGAGCUACAUAGAUUGACAGAUGCCGCAGAUUGUCCUUAUAUACCUCAUUGAUCUCUCUCUUACAUACAGUAAUCCUUUCUGCAUACAUUUUAUACCUAGACCACACCAAUUUGAACCUUUGCUUUUCGUGGAUUUAGACCUGGGUGAUAUUUCGGUUUUUCGAUAUAAAACAGUCACAGAAGAAAAUACCGUAAAAAAAUACCAUCUUCAGAAAAAUUUCAAAAAGUUGAACAUACUGCGAUUUUUCUGGAUGAUAUUUGCUUCUGAUCAAUUUCUAUGCACUUUGAGGAAUUGUUUAUAUCGAUACUUUAAUUUUUUAAAGGAAUCAAUGAUUUUCUGAUUGAAAUAAAUUUUAAUAAAGCAGAAAUAUAAAUAGUGCAACUAUCUUGAGAGAACAAGUAGACUGAUUAUCAACGUGUGAUGGUGGUCCGUGAUCCGAAAAACCAUAUUAUUUGAUUUAAUAAAUGUUCCCUU